AAAUUAUUGUAAAAACCGCUAGGUUUUGUCACAUUUCUCACAAACACAACACUAUACAUACGCUUCACCCACAUGUUAAUGAUAAAGCCGAUCAGUGCAAAUCAGUUCUGUUCUCGUUGCUUGGGGUUGCUGGAGCGCGCUCGUAGAAGCUCCCCUACUUGGUGUAAUUGAACCCUUGAGCUUUGUUUCUUUCGUCUUCUUCGUGCUGCAAAUAGAUAAUGUAGAGAAAAGGGAUGGGGAUGCGCUGUCAUGCAUUGCAUUGACUCGGGGUUUGGUGGCGUUAUCAGCCUGCCUCAGAUCAACACUCGUUUCCCUUUACCUACAACAGCAGAAGCAAGACACUUGGCUUAAUAGGUCCCCAUAUGCAUGUAUGUAUUAGCCUGUCUUUUCUUUUCUCUUUGGAAAAAGGCCGGUGCCUACUGUAAUUAUAGUUUUUGCCAUUUUCAAUUAUUCUAGUGUUUAUCCUUUAUUUUGAUUUUGCUGGUACACCUCAAAUGUAGUAUCAGUAAUUUUAAAACUAAGGUUAUGAACACAUUCAUUUUAGCAGUCUUCUAAAAAUUUGAAUUUAUUCCUCUGCUUGACAUUGCUCUAAAACUCUUGCAUAUUUUUCAAAAAAUCUUAUCUCGGUGGACUCUUAUUCUUUCUAUGUGUAGAGGAAAACAUUUGACCUACAAACUACUGAUGGGAACUUUUUAAGCAUGGCAAUUGUAGCUCAUUAUGUGAAAAGAUGUGCAAAUGACGCUUUAGUUUAUAAAUUUGUGAAUAUAUUGUAACCAUUUCUCUAGUUCUGUUUACUUUAUUUUAAAUGUAUCACAAAUGUAUGAUUUUAUACCUAUGAACAUUCUAGGACAAUAUUGCCAGGUGUAAGAGAGGAGUGCUAGUAUCUCUGAUCGCAAAUCUUUGUCCAGAUCCUAUUAGUGGUGGACUGCUCAUACAGGUUUUAAAAAUUAUGUCCGAGUUUAGUACAGAUGAUUCUUUUAGUAAUUUAAUUGAUGCAGAUUUAGCUUACUCUUACGUCUACCUUUAUACCUUGUCUAUACAGUAUUUUUUGUUACAUUAAGAUCCUUUUCACGUUUCUUUGUUUUGUUUUUUCUUUAAUAUCUUCAGUAUGGACAACAUGAGCCCCAUUUGGGAUAACAAGCUGCCAGUAGGCCUAAGAUUUAUGGUAACUAAAACAACAAAAGGUCGUUUAGGUUUAAUCAUUGGACAGCACAAAUUCAGGAAAUCCGGUACUCAAAAAGAUGGGACCCUUAUAUUCAGGUGUUCCUUAAAAGAUUGCCCUGCCAGGGUUAAUUUAGAUGCUGCUAUGCGAAGAGUCUUGAAGAUUAGAAUGAACCACAAUCAUCCUGGUCGAGAUUUAUCUGAUAUUAUCAAUGUUCGUCUCCCAGCUGGGUUAACGGCAUCUGAAGGACAGGCGGAAGAAGAAGCCAAAGUUGGAAGGAUUUCAGGAGGUCCUAAAAGGCAGCAAAUGCAAGAGCAGAGUGGGGGUAGGGAUGACACUAGUUCUUUGGAAGCAACUCUUGGGAUGGGCUCUGGUGGAGGAAUGAUGGAUCCAUCUGUGGCUGGGCCUAGCGGAUAUGGGGAUGAUGUCAGGGUCAAGAUGGAGCCAGAGUGGGUGGAUGCUGGAGCUCUGGAACCAAACUGUGAGUUGGAAGGACAGUAUGAUGAUGGACAAGAUUUUAACACAGGUUAUGGUGAAGACUCUAUUGGAGGCCAGGAAGAUCAGAGCUAUCAUCAUAUGUUCGGUGGUCAGCAGGAACAGGAACAGCCUCAGCCACAACAACUUCCUCUUAUUCCAGAUUCACAAGACCCUGUAAAACUACGUGUCCCAGGGAAGCCAAAUUUGACUAUCACUGUGGCUCCUACUCGACCACCUCCAACACAUUCUACUCCUCCUUUACCAGCACCACCUCCCCUCCAUUUGUUAAAUCCUUUGUUAAAUCGAAAGAGGGGAGGAAGACCGCGAGGUAGUCAGUAUGGAAGCUACAGUGAAAGCGAUGACAGAGUUACAACCAUCCUGACCGACAGUAUUAUAGCAAGCCAAAAGUUGGAGAAAAUGGGUGCAGCAGCAGCAGCUGGAUACCCACAUCCAAGUUUAGCUGCUGCAAUGACAGCUUCCCUUUCUAGUAGAGUCAAACCCAGGUCAAAAGAUCCAGAGGCAGUGAGAGCAGCUGAUAUUGUUAAUAGUGCUCAGAACAGAUCCGGACCCCGAGUUAAUGAGGAGUUGGAGAAGGUGCAUUUGAAACUUCGGCAAGAGGUGUUGGCUCUGGAAGUCCAGAAUUUAAAAGCUGAACGAGAAAAGUUGAAAGCUUAUCGGCGUAAUGUAGCAAUUAGAAGAGAAAUAAUGAUGCUGCAUCUUCAAUUGGGCAAGGGUAUCCCAUCUGAGUGUGCAAGUAGUGGAAGAGGACUUGAAACUGUUGAUCUAUAUGGCAGUGAAGAUGCAGAGCUAGAUAAUGACUUAUCUAAUUCUGUCUCAAAAGAUAGCUUUUCCAAUUCUAUUUCUAAGGAACAUACAAUCACAAAAUUACCUGAAGUAUCUAUAACUCUGAAUCAGUCAAGUCAGUCACCGAAAAUAUCAAUCCGGAAAUCCUUGCAGACAGCUAACCAGUCACCAAAUGUAUCGCCUUUGUCAGCCAGCUCUAGUGUUCAAGGGCCCACACCACCUCCAGGAAAUGUGAAGAAAACCAAAUCUGUGAACAAGCAGCAUGACAACAGAGAAGUCAGUGACAGUGCAUCAAUCAAUGAAAGUAAGCAGAUGAGUGAAGGAAGUCGUUGUGAUACUAGUACUGUAUGCGAAAAUUUAGAUUCUCCCGAAGACAAAAAACCAGUUAAUGAUGACCCUCCAGACAUAAAAGUGUUUAGUGAGCAUGAAAAUGAUACUGAGCUGAGUGAAAGUAAAGCCUUGAGUUCAUGCCAACAGUCAGUCUCUUCAACUGAUCCAGGGAAAGAUGACCUUGCACCCUUAGACUCUGUAUCUUCUGAUUUGAGUAUUGAAAUGCUCUCUGAACCUGGGUCCAGUCAAUGGACUAAUCAAUCGUCGGCACCUAUGACUGAACAUGAAGGAUUUGAUGAUCUACAAUUUGAGGGGGAAGACAGUUAUGACAACACAGAUAAUAUAGGAGAAUUUUCUGGAGGACCCAUUGGUAAGGAACCUCCAGAUGCCCAAUUUACUUCAUUUUCUGAAGAAACUGCACCUAAAAGAAGAAGAGUUGAUAAUAUGUGGGAACCAGAAGAUGGAAACUUAUGACACAAUGACAUUUUAAAUAGUUAUUUGAAUGACCACCUCUUGUAAUUCAGUUUUGGUUUUGUAGUAAGUCUUUCAGGAUCUGGAAUCUUGAGUAGUCUGUUAUAAAGUCUGAAUCGCUUCUUUACCUUCUAUAUUCAAUGACUUCUCUAAAAUCUGUAUUAAUUAAAAGCUAAUAUUUUUUUCAUCACAGUACUUACAUUUUAAGACAGAACAUUAACAUCACCAUUUAUACAUCUAAUGAUACUGAUUUAUUUUGUGAUGUAUGUUGAAUUUCUGUGCUCUACCUAGUGUUUUAAUGAUAAACUGUAAAUUAGAGGUGUAUUUACUGGCUAGUUUUAUGUAUUUUUAAACUUUGUGGGUAGCUGUCCAUUUGGUUUGAUUUGAGGCACACACAUCAAGACCCAAAUGCUAUUAUGUGCGCGUAGUGUAAAUAUGUUUAUCAUUAUUUUAAGUAAGAUUUUUUUAACAAUGCCAUUUGUGCCAUUGUUGUAGGUAGCUGUCGUAUGCUAUUUGAAAGGCUGUGUUGGACUCAUUCCUCAACAACUCUGUGUCAUGCUAGGUUGUUAUUUCGUACCUGCUUUGUAAUGUCAGGAAUGUUCUCAGUAUUGAUUAUUUAAUAUGUAGUGUACAUAUGUUUAUGUUAUUUCAUUGAGUGGCCUUAUUCCUGUCCAGUUAUGUUUUGCAAAUUUUAGGAACCAUUCAAAUGAAAUUUUGAUUUGUUGAAAUAAGAAUGAUUUUUAGAUGCUCAUAGGUGUAGAUAUUAGGACCGGAGCUUCUCAGGAAAUUGUGUAUUUCAUGACAACUAUAAUUUUGUUUCCUCCUCUAAAAGAUUGUGUUAAUAGUUGAUAUUAAAUUAAUUUAUCAAAAAGCUAGACUGGUAGUGAUGGGAUGUGAUCAAUAACUUAUCAUUUAUUUCACCGAAUAUAACUGUGUAUGUUUAGAAACAGACAAACCUUUGACUUUUCAUGUUAUAAAGUUUUUGCUGUACGUCUACCAUAGCAGACUAUUUGUUUGUACGGUAUCAAGUGUUUUCUAGACAAUUUCAUUACAAUGUGCUAUACAUGUUUGAGGAAGUUAUCAUACAAGCACAACACAAUUGAAGUGACUUGAGAUCUCAUUUUUAAACACAGUACUAUCUUGUCAAGAAAUGAGAAUGAUUUGCUUUUAAUGUGCAGUAUCAGGAUGCUAUAGCAUCUGAAAUGUAAAUAAAUUUUUUACAUGGACAUUAAAACACAACUUUGUAAAA